AGCAGGAGGCGCUCUCCGCACGCCUCCCCUUCGGGGCUCGGACCUCAGUCUCCUCCUCCCUGCACUGGGCUUUCGGUCCCGCGCUGGGGCUCACAGAUCCGCUGGCCACCGGCGCUCGCUCCCCCGGGAGCCGCCCCCGGGGUCUGGAAGCCGCCCAGCCGCACUCGGGCGGGACGCAAAGGGAGUGGGAGCGGCCGCGGCGAGAAGCCGAGUCCCGGGAGCGCCUACUGCCCACGCCGGCUGCGGCGGAGGGCCGUGGAGGGGCGGGCAGGGUCCGAGCGCAGCAGCCGGCGGCCGCUGCAGGAGGUCGGGCGGCCGGAGUGACCUCACUGGGAGGGGCCAGCGCGGGGCGAGGAGCGAGGCCGGAGCCCGGCCCGGCGGAGCGGAGCUGGGCGCAGCGCAGCAGGGCGCAGCGCAGCCGGAGAGCGCACGAUGGAGCGGUACAAAGCCCAGGGCUGUUGCUGUCUGGUGGUACAGAGAAGGAUCCUGCAGGCCUCUGCCUCCCUGGAUCAGCUGCUGACGGAGCUGGAUGACUUCCUCAAGAUUCUGGACCAGGAGAACUUGAGCAGCACAGCUGUGGUGAAGAAGAGCGGCCUGGCAGAGCUGCUCCGGCUUUAUACCAAGAGCAGCAGUUCUGAUGAGGAGUACAUUUACAUGAACAAAGUAACAGUCAACAAGCAACAGAAUGCUGACUCUCAGGACACAGGGCCCAAGGAGCAGGGUCCACUGGCCAAUGGGGAGCCUGGCCAGCAUGCCUCAGCUCCUCAGAAGAGCCUCCCAGACCUUCCACCACCCAAGAUGAUUCCAGAACGGAAGCAGCUCGGGGUCCCAAAGAUCGAGUCUCCUGAGGGUUACUAUGAAGAGGCUGAGCCAUAUGAUACAUCUGUCAAUGAGGACGGGGAGGCCGUGAGCAGCUCUUACGAGUCCUACGAUGAAGAAGAGAGCAGCAAGGGCAAGGCCACCCCCUACCAGUGGCCCUCGCCUGAGGCCAGCAUCGAGCUGAUGCGCGACGCCCGCAUCUGUGCUUUCCUGUGGCGCAAGAAGUGGCUGGGCCAGUGGGCCAAGCAGCUGUGCGUGAUCAGAGACACCAGGCUCCUGUGCUACAAAUCGUCCAAGGACCACAGCCCUCAGCUGGAUGUGAACCUGCUGGGCAGCACCGUCGUCCACAAGGAGAAGCAAGUGCGGAAACAGGAGCACAAGCUGAAGAUCACGCCCAUGAAUGCGGACGUGAUCGUGCUGGGCCUGCAGAGCCGGGACCAAGCCGAGCAGUGGCUCCGGGUCAUACAGGAGGUAAGCGGUCUGCCUUCCGAAGGACCCUGUGAGGGAAACCAGUACACCCCGGAAGCCCAGCGCCUGAACUGUCAGAAACCAGAUAUAGCUGAGAAGUACCAGUCAGCCGAGUAUGGGAGCUCCGUGGAUGGGCACCCUGAGGUCCCCGAGACCAAAGACGUCAAAAAGAAGUGUUCUGCCGGCCUCAAGCUGAGCAACCUGAUGAACCUGGGCAGGAAGAAAUCCACCUCGCUGGAGCCCUCGGAGAGGCCGCUGGAGACCUCCAGUUACCUGAACGUGCUGGUGAACAGCCAAUGGAAGUCGCGCUGGUGCUCUAUCAGGGACAGCCACCUACAUUUCUACCAGGACCGGAACCGCAGCAAAGUAGCCCAGCAGCCCCUCAGCCUGGUGGGCUGUGAAGUGGUCCCGGACCCAAGCCCUGACCACCUUUACUCCUUCCGCAUCCUCCACCAUGGGGAGGAGCUGGCCAAACUCGAGGCCAAGUCUUCCGAAGAGAUGGGCCACUGGCUAGGCCUCCUGCUGUCUGAGUCAGGCUCCAAGACAGACCCGGAGGAGUUCACCUAUGACUACGUAGAUGCCGAACGGGUUUCCUGUAUUGUUAAUGCGGCCAAAAACUCUCUCCUGUUGAUGCAGAGGAAGUUCUCGGAGCCCAACACCUACAUCGAUGGCCUACCCAGCCAGGCCCGUCAGGAGGAGCUCUACGAUGACGUCGAGAUGUCAGAGCUGACACCUGCGGUGGAACCUGCCGAGGAAGCCACCCCCUCGAUGGAUGCCCUUAGUGACAGUGAGCCUGACAGACUGUACCUGGACCUCACGCCAGUCCAGCCCUUCGUGCACGGCCCCAGCAGUGUGCAGGCCUGGGCUUCAGACCCUGUGUCACCGCAGCUGGAUGACAUGGCCAAGGUCUUCCCUGCAGACCCUGGCCCAGUCCCAGAGGACCUCUGUAUCGUGUCUCCAGACAACCAGGAGGAGCAGAGGCAGCUGGCAAGCCAGGAGGCUGAGGAGCCUGCUCUGAGGAUCACCACAGUCAAACUGCAGGCCGAGCAGCAGCGAAUCUCCUUCCCGCCAAACUGUCCCGACACCAUGGCAGCUGUCCCGGCUAGCACCAGCCCACCUGUGAAGGACAGGCUGCGGGUGAACAGUGCAGAGAUCAAACUUGGCAAGAAUCGGACAGAGGCAGAGGUAAAGCGGUACACAGAGGAGAAAGAAAGACUUGAGAAGAUGAAGGAAGAGAUCAAAGGGCACCUGGCUCAGCUGCGGAAAGAGAAGCGGGAGCUGAAGGAGACGCUGUUAAAAUGCACAGACAAGGGCGUCCUGGCCAUCCUAGAGCAGAAGCUGAAAGAAAUUGAUGAGGAAUGCAGGAUCAAGGAGAGCAGGCGUGUGGACCUUGAGCUCAACAUCAUGGAGGUGAAGGACAACCUGAAGAAGGCAGAGGCUGGACCCGUGACACUGGGCACCACAGUGGACACUACGCACCUGGACAAUAUGAGCCCCCGUCCUAAAGCUGCCACCACCUCCACCUCUACCCUAGAUAGCACCCCGGUCAACUCUGCCACUGCACUCAAAAACAGGCCUCUUUCAGUCAUGGUCACAGGCAAAGGCACUGUUCUCCAGAAAGCCAAGGAAUGGGAGAAGAAAGGAGCCAGUUAGGAAACAAGUGUCAUCUGGAGACCGUGUCAAUGUGGACGUUGGUGACAAUCCUGCUUCCAUAAAGUCUUCUUUAAAACAGCAGCUCUGAGAGGGUGAGUCUGUUUAGAAGAACAAGGCAAGGACUAGGGUAUUCUGAAUGGAGAGCUUUGGCUUUGAGCAGGCUCGGUUCCUUUUCCAAGCCAGAGGGAACACUACAACCACCACACAAAAGGCUUCUUGGGAUAUUCUGUUUCUUUUUUGAAGUUUUCAUCAGUGGUUUAUCAAGAUUUUCAAACAGUGAAGUAAAAAGCUUCUGAUGUUCAGACUUUGAUGAAAGACAGCAUCAGGGCUCCGGGGCUUUGAUGAUGGAGAAGAACUGAGCCCCUGUGCUCUCUUGUCCAACACCUAGUAGUAUUGGGGAUUAAACCAUCCUUGCCUUCAAGUUUCUUUUCUCCAGUAUGUAUUAGUGAUGAUUUUAAACAACAAUGGCAAUACCUGUGUAAAACCACCUGCAACCUGAGUUUGUUGAAACAAUACCAGGAGAAAUAUCUGGGACCAAGCAAGACACUGAUCCAAAUAAGGUUUUUUCUUCCUAAUAAGGCAGAUCUCAAUGGACUGUCUUUAAAUAAAAUGCAAAGUGAUGCUGUAUUAUGUAGACAGAAACUAUUUAAAAUCAUGGCAAAACAGUGAAAAGUAUUUGAGAUUUAACUGGCUUUUAUAUAACUAUAGAAAAAAAAAACCAAAAAACUUGUGUUUACAAAUGUAGUCCUGGCCAUUUUUAAGGGAAGAGUUAUUUAAUACAAUGUGCCCAAAGCUCUUGUCUUGAAGUUCUAAUUUCUAGUCCUCUUGCAACAAAAAAGUGAAUUUCGGUGAAGGUGGCUGCCCUUUUUUCUGACAGUGCUAUUCAGAUGUUGUCCUGUCUUCUUAUGAUGGCAUUCUUUGUUAACGCAGGUUGAAACAUUUCAGGGGGUUCUGAAUCAGAGUUCUCAAACCAUGGUUCCAAGAGCUAAAAGUCUUUUUCAUCCUUAUUAUCUUUCUAAUCCUAGGGCAUUUAUUUCCUAUGUCAUAAACACUUGGUGAUCUUUACCAAGUGGUUUGAUUGUUUUUUUUUUAAUAAAAUGUUAUUUGUA